AUGUUCCAAAGAACGCCUACCGGGAUAACAAACACAAUAACCAAGGAGAUGUUCGACAUCACAUCCCGCCCUCUAAGUGAAGAUCCCAUGACAACCUGUGCACGCCUCAUCCAAGACGACUUAGCAAUCAUGAUCGAAAAGAAUGACGGCCAAUACUACCUGCUAGCAGGGGCAAUUCUCCUCGCCGGCUUCUGGAGACUAGAAGACAAAUUCGGCAUGCCGCUCUCGGAAAUCCAUACCUCCGGCGACGUUCCCCAGUACAAGGAAAAACUGGAGAAAGGGAUGAUGAAUUUCUUCCGACGCCUCAAACCCGAGGAUCCAGUAUUACGGAACAACUACUUCAUCCAGGUCGACGAUAACCUGGCCUGGUCGCAUAGCAUUGGACCGGAAGAUUCCCCAGAUGUCUCCUGGAGCACUGCAGAGAAGGACAAAGCCAUUACGCAUCACUAUUUUCGGUCAGAAAGGCAGAGUCUGCGCCGUCUACCCAGGUCCGGAGGUGUGGUGUUUACCAUUCGUACGUAUUUCGAGCCCAUCACGGCGAUUUCCGAGGAGCCGUACGUGCCUGGGAGGCUGGCAUCGGCCAUUAGAAGCUGGGGGGAUGAUGUGUCCGUUUACAAGGGGAAGGAGAAGUACGAGAGGGUCUUGUUGGAAUAUUUGGACCAGAAGCAUGAGGAACAACUUGCUAACGGAUUGGAUCUGGAAAAGGAGGAGGAAGAAAGGAAGUAUCCUUUUUGA